AUUCUAGUAGCUUUUUUGACUAAGCGGGACCGUCCUGAUUUCGAAGACGGGCCUGCUUUAUGUGACCGUUUGUUAUAACAAUGGAUCUACUCCAGUCUCAAAUAAAAGAAAGCUGUAACUUGGCUUUACCUGAAGGACUGAAAGAUUUGAUAUCUGAUAUUUCAAGAGAGGUACUGAGAGCACAACCGAAUGAUGUAAUACAAUUCAUAGUCGGUUACCUUAAAGUUUUAUUGGAAGUGAGAGAAAAGUUGGCCAUCGCCUGCCACAUAUGCAACGAUACUUACGACUGCAACUGUGAUUCAGAUUUAUACCAUGGAAUAAAGGCUAUUGGCUUAGACGAUGAGGAUGUUGAUGUCGCUAUUAAAAUCAUUGAAGAUCAUUUUGCGAGAGCCAAUGUCACAGAACAAAAAUUGUUGAUAAAGUUGGCCAAUAAGCUAAACAUUGACGAGAAGCAGCUGACCUCCAUUCAAGAAGUCGUUCGGAAAUCUUUCAACAGACAUGAUGUUGGUCAAGAUGUUUUUGGUGUGAACGUUUCUGAUGACGUCACAGGCGCCGUACAUCACACUCUAGAUAUGUACAAAAAUCAACAACAGCUUCCGGACGAGGUGUUCAUCUCCAGCUAUGAACAGUGUUGGAAAACAUCAUCGUCCGCAUCUCUCGUUUCUCAACAUGAUAAUAUUAGUUUGGAUGGAAAUCGGUCAGAACAAAGACCAGACGACGAACAACAGCAUCAAUCAACAUCAGGAAAAGUUAAGUUCAUAGAAGAAAACGCAAUCUUCAACAUUGAUGAGCAAAAUAAGUCCACGAGUUCUGAUGAUGAGAGUCCCAUGGACGAGGACAUCGAGGAACUGAUAAAGACUGAUCAACAUGAUGUGACGGCUUCCACAGUCGAGGAAGACUUCCGCGAGGACGAUGAACUCGCCAGCAUCAAUACUUUAUAGACUCUGAAGGCAUACAAAUAAAAGACAUUUUAUAAA